AUGGCUGCUGCCGUUCGAAUCGCGAAGGUGGAGUGCAGCAAGUACUCGACAACGCUGGCAGCCGCUAGCCAUGGCUUCCCUGCAGGCGCGCGGAUAAAGGUGGAAGGGCUGCCGGAACUUCAGCGAGAGACCUUCAUAGUUAAUCGGUCAACACACGGCCGAUUCUCGAUCUGGCGCAACGUUUGCGUGGAGAUUGCUAGUGUGGACCCGUCCGAAUCUAUCGUCCGUACAACGAGUCCGCAUAAAAUCAGUAAUUAUAUGAAGAAUGUUACGCUGCACGUUUUCGACACCGACAUUCACCUUCUCGUCGAAAAGGUGUUCAAUGUCGAAGAAGUUGUUGACGAUUCUUCCCUGCGCCUCAAGGCCUGGUGUGGAGACCAUAAGACAUGGUACCCAGCGAAGCUGUCUGCCAACUGGGCUGGUGGGUCCUUGAGUAUGAAGCACUGCGAUGUGGUUCUGCCGCAGUCACAAUGCACAGGCUCCGGUGUUGCAACGCUCGCUUGUCGGCCACCCGUCUCUGAGGAGCUAUGCAUUCACGACUGGCACGAGGCACUGCGAGCAGUAAGAGGAUGCGUCAGCAAAGAGGUGCCACCUGUGACACGGCCCGUGCUUCCAGGGUCAUCGCUGCUACACGUCCAGUAUUGUGGAUGGGACCACUGCAUUGGUGUUUUCCAACGCACCAGCGAGAUGAAGUUCGACUUGGGGCCCUUAGUGUCCAUCAUCUACGUGGAUCAGCUUAAACUGUGGUGCCUCCUUGCCGAUGUUGAGGCUGUCCACCCUUUGUGUGAGCGGCGCUGGUCUUUGGGACUGAGCAACUUUGAUGGUCCUCAGCUUCUGUACGUUCGCAAAGAUGCAAGUCCACUCGGUCGCUGGGAGCCUGUGAUUGGCCCAGGGCCAGGUCCUCUUGUCAGCAUCUACAAAGAGGUUUCGAUCGUGCAACCAGCUUCAAGGCAGACAUCUAUGCUAAUGCAUCCCAGCAGCUGUUCGGUUUUGGACAUGCUGCUCAACUACACUCACGCAGAUUGGCGGGGUGGGCGGCUUGAAAACAACGUUUGGGGUCUGAGCUCCUUGGAAGGAAUCUUGACCGCGGUCAGCUUGUGGCGAGAGCUUCGUGUAUGUUCCGCCGUUUGCCAGUCAUGGCAAGCCGCUCUGAAGCCCUUCGCUUCUCUGACUCGAAUGUGUUAUCACGCGCUGCGGAUACCACAAGGAAUUAACUUGCCCAUGCCAUCCCUUCAAGACAUUGUUCAAGCCAUUGUCUUGUCAGCAAACACAUGGAUGCAUGGUCUGCACAUGAUUCACUUACCGAUAUUUCUGGAUCAUGCUUGGCCUGCACGUGUAUCGUCUGUGGAGCUUUCAGCUGAGAUGGGCAACGGGGAAGAGCAUUUCAUGAGUGGACCAACAGCACAAACAAUCAACAAGCAUGCAGCUGCUGCCUCCCAAGUUGCGCAGCAGAUACUUCGUGGAGUGCCACUACCUUGGAAGGUGCGACCAUACACAACAAAAAGUGAAACUCGAGAUGGACGCCGACAUGCAGGCUGCGAACUGCUGGAUUUUCAUCACGAGCAUGCUCCGGAGAAGUCUGCAGCCGAAGUGUUCGUUCAUGCGGACACCGACGGGCACAUGCAGCUUGGCCAGCUGGAUGGCACCGAACUACUUCCGCAUUCAACUGAUGCGCUUGGCCCUUUGAUAAACCAGGGAUUAUCUGUAUCGCGGGUGACACGACGAUGGGCGUCAACCUAUCAUCAGCCUCGCGCAGAUGGUGAGCCAUGCGGGUUUCCCUUUUGCAGAAAGUUGAGUUUUCCUUGCCAUGUUUGCUCGAUGGAUAAAGAAGGCCGAACUCGACUUGGAGCUUCCCAACUUUCAAGUGGAUAUGUAUUGCACUUCUUGACCGCAGAUGCUGCCGAGAUCACACUGGAAAUCAGCGUCGAUCUGAUCCCAUUCUUUGCAACUUCCAAAGACCCUUCACUCGUGGAACAGCUGCUGUCAGCUGUUCCCUGGGGAGACGACGAGGAGGAAGAAGAAGAAGAAGGCGAAGAAGAAGCGGAGGAAGCGGACGAGGAAGCCGAGGAGGAAGAUGAGCUGGACGUGGAGGACCUUCAGGCCGGUGAUCUUGGCUAUGUUCGAUGGAGGCCGCCGAGACGGCGCCUGGUGGGGAAGCAGCGGCCCCCCGAGAGUUACCGAAGCUGA